AUGAUCUCUUAUCUCGCCAAGAUCAAGUCAGUCAUAGCGAAGCUGAGAGCUUUUGAAGUUGAGCUGAUCCCAAGGGGUCAGAAUGCUCAAGCCGACGCACUUUCCAAACUUGCAAGUUCGACUCUCACCGAGCUAAACCGAUCUGUAUAUGUGGAAGUGCGCCGAAACAGAAGCAUUGACCAAGAUAUUGAGAUCCAAUGCGUCGAAGCUGAACCAAGCUUGAUGGAUCCCAUCCUGGCUUAUAAGCUUCAAGGAACACUCCCCGAGGACAAAAACUUAGCCGCAAAAAUGAAGAGAAUCGGCUCAAGGUUCAUUGUCUACAAUGGGGAAUUGCUGAAAAAGUCCUUCUCAGCCCCACUGCUGAAAUGUGUGGGCCCAACAGAUGCGGAUUAUAUCCUUCGGGAAAUCCACUUCGGCAUCUGCGGAAAUCACAUAGGGGGAAGGGCCCUGGCCCAUAAAGCACUACGGGCAGGGUAUUACUGGCCAACCAUGAUCCAAGAUGCCAAGGGCCUGGUGCAGAAACGUGAAAAAUGUCAAAAAUUCGCGCCAAAAAAGUGGCUGAUAGUCGGAAUUGACUACUUCAGCAAAUGGAUAGAAGCCGAAGCAGCUUCAAACAUAACUGAGCAGACUGUCAGGAAAUUUAUCUGGCAGAAUAUCAUUACUCGCUUUGGCAUCCCGAAGGUGUAUGUCCUUGAUCACGAGAGGCAAUUCGACAAUCUGUUGCUGAAGCGGUACACUGAUCAGUUCGGAAUAAAAUUGGCAUAUUCGGCAGUUUUCCAUCCUCAGAGUAAUGGCCAAGCCGAAGCCGCAAAUAAACAAAUACUCAAUGCUCUCAAAAAGAGAGUUGAGGAUCAAAAGUCCAAGUGGAUAAAGGAACUCCCAGGAACUUUAUGGUCACUUCGGAUAACUGAAAAAGAGGCUACGGGACAUUCACCUUUUGAAUUGGUGUAUGGAUCUGAAGCUGUUUUACCAAUGGAAAUUGGCUCAGAAAGUCUUCAAGUCAAUCAGUUCUCAGCCGAAGAAAAUGAACAUCUCAUGAAAGAGUCUCUUGAUUUCUUAAACAAGAUCCGAGAUUCAGCAAGAGACACAAUGGUUGCAUACAAACAAAGAAUCAGCAAGUUCUAUAACCGAAGAGUCUAG